AAAAAGUUCAGCCUACUGGCUAAAAUUAGGUAUUUCCACUAUCAUUAUUGUCUGCCAGUGAUAAAGGAUCCGUUGUGCAAGACAUUCAGGUAAAUUUCCGGCCGAUUUACUUAUGGGUUCGGGCUGCAGGCGCUGCGGCAACAAGUGCUGCAGCCCCAAUUGGGACAGUGAAGCUUUAGUUUCAGAAUGAAAAAAAGAAAAAGAAUUAAGCAAGAGAGGGCAGCUUCAGAAACCUUAUUUGGGUGCUCAUGAUUGUUUCCAGAGAAUUUUGUCCUUUAGGAGAGGUACUUGGCUCAACUGGAUGUGUACCAAAAAUGCUUGAGACAAGCUUGGUGUUUUCGAGUACUUCUGACUCUGAGAAGGUGAACGGACUCGAACACGAGAACGCACGCGCACACGAACUCGUGUUGCGGCUUCACUUGAGCACCAGCCUGCCAUUUCUAGGAAUGUUCAUGGCACGUUGCAUCUUGCAUGGAUCGUGGCAAGAACUUAUUUAUCGGCAUAACUCACAGCAGCGUAAUUUGGAGUGGUCGGCGACGUCGACGGCAGGCGUGGUUGACGUGGGAGAGGACGGCAUUCCGAUGGCAACAGUAAUUUGA